AUGCGCAUUGAUGGUGUUGUUUACUACCCAUCGCAAGAAAUCGAUUGGACCGAUAUCAAAACAGCAUCACAAUGGCAGAUCAGAGUGCAAGGAAUAAACGUUGAUCCAAGCGAACGGCGGUUGUCAAGUGAGUUGAUCAAAAUGCCAAUCAAAGGUGAUCCAUGCGAUGAUCAGCUAGAAAACUUCAAGAAAGGAUGUCCGAGACCGAAGGUGAUCACGACAUCGAACGGAGCUCCUAUAAACAAUAAGACAAAUGUGCUUACAGUUGGACCCAGAGGGCCAUUGUUGAUGCAAGAUGUGGUUUUCAUGGACGAAAUGGCCCAUUUCGAUCGAGAACGGAUUCCGGAGCGUGUAGUACACGCUAAGGGAGGAGGUGCACAUGGUUACUUCGAGGUCACUCACGACAUCACAAAAUACUGCAAAGCAGAUGUUUUCAAUAAAGUUGGCAAACAGACACCAGUAUUCGUGCGAUUUUCUACAGUCGGAGGAGAGUCCGGCUCAGCCGAUACUGCUCGUGAUCCACGUGGAUUUGCUGUGAAAUUCUACACAGAGGAGGGCAACUGGGAUCUGGUUGGCAACAACACACCGAUUUUCUUCAUCCGUGAUCCAAUCCUCUUCCCCAAUUUCAUUCACACUCAGAAAAGAAAUCCACAAACACAUUUGAAAGAUGCAAAUAUGAUGUGGGAUUUCUGGGGACUUCGUCCGGAAUCUACUCAUCAGGUGAUGUUCUUAAUGUCGGAUCGUGGUACCCCAGACGGUUUCCGCCAUAUGAACGGUUACGGUUCGCAUACGUUUAAACUGGUUAACGCGGAAGGAAAUCCUGUAUACUGUAAAUUCCAUUUCAAGCCUCAAAAAAUCAGAAACCUAAUGGCAGACGAAGCCGCACGUUUAAGCGGAGAAGAUCCAGACUAUGCUAUUCGUGAUCUUUUUAAUGCGAUUGAGAGAGGAGAUUAUCCAAUGUGGAACUUCUUUAUUCAGGUGAUGACCUUUGAACAAGCCGAAAAAUCGACUAUGAAUCCGUUUGAUGUCACCAAAGUUUGGCCGCACGGUGAAUAUCCACUGAUACCCGUCGGUAAAAUGGUGCUGAACAGAAAUCCCAAGAACUAUUUCGCUGAGGUGGAGCAGGCAGCGUUCAGUCCAGCACAUGUGGUGCCUGGAAUCGAAUUCUCUCCGGAUAAAAUGCUUCAAGGACGUCUAUUCUCCUACACUGAUACACAUUUCCAUCGUUUGGGAACGAACUAUGUCCAACUGCCGAUCAAUUGUCCUUAUCGAGCACGUGCUCAUAACACUCAACGAGAUGGACCAGCUAGUUACGAUAAUCAAGGUGAUGCGCCAAACUAUUUCCCUAAUAGCUUCAACGGUCAUGUUGAAUGCCCACGAUCAGCUGAAAGUAAAUGGCGCGUAAGUGGUGAUGUUCAACGUCAUGAAUCCAUCACUAGCGACAACUUCGAACAACCUCGAGCCUUCUGGAGGAAGGUUCUGAGCGAAGAAGAACGAUCCCGUCUAGUCGAGAAUAUCUUCAACUCGAUGAAGGAUUGCAAACCAUACAUCCAGGAUCGAGCGAUUCAAAACUUUGGAAAGGUUGAUCCUGACUUUGGAAACAGACUGCGAAAAAUGGUUGACACUUACAUUUCUCAAAAGGAAGCGCGUGCACGAAUUUGA